UGAAUAUGAAUAUACUACUGAUUUAUUAUUCAGGAAUUUCUAGUACAAAAGUUUAAUAAUCUAAAGGAUAUGUAGUCUCCUGUUUUAAAACAAAAGAUAGAUAUUUUUAGUACACAAGUUAAUUAAUUAUAAAUAUUUGAUAAAACAGGAAUAGUGUAAACUAAGCUUUAUAAUAUAUAUAUUAUAAGCGUAUGAAUAUUACCUAUAUAUUUCACAUUUACUAAAGUGAGUACUGUGCUCAUUUCCAGUAUUCAAACACUAGUUAGGAAUAAAUACAUCCCUAAUUACUUGUAACUGACUUAAUUGUAUUGUGAAAUAAUCGAAUAUUCUUUAUUUUCUCUAAUAUUUGUCGGUUAAGUUCUAACUCACGAAAGCCAUACAUUUAAUCUCAAACUAAGACGAAACAUUUAUCUCAUGUUUCUUGGUUUUCAGUGAUUCUUCACUUGAUGUUCAGGUGACACUUUCAGUUUAAAACAUAGAUUUAUGAAAAAAGAAUAUAUUUUUUUAGUAAAUUCUCUUCAGGUUCUUCAUUUAGAUGAACUCAUAAGCCAUCCAACUAGAAUCUAAUUGUAUUUAGUCGAGUUUCAAGUUGGUUAUCAUUUCGAUGAUAUAAUUAAUUUUUUACCAAAUGUAUUUACGUUAUGCAAUGUUGUAUUCACAUGUACAAUGAAUAGUAAGGGCCGUUGGUCAUGUAAUUAAUUCAUUUAGGUCAUUAAAAUUGUAGAUGCAAGUGAGAUAGGUUGGUCCAGUAUUUAUACUACUUGACUUUAGAAUUAAUGUUGAGUAACUUUGGAGCAGUUCACAAGUAGCCCAUAGUAGUAAGAUCAGAUAGAUGUUUGAUUAAGUUAAAGCCAUUCAGUAAUUUACAAUGCCUUCGAACAUCCGGUCUAAAUAAUGAUUUAUAAUGUUAUACUAUUUAAUUCUUAUCUUCAUUACUACUUGUUGAUGUGAAGACACAACCAAUUAGGGGAAAGAGAGUCGGCACACUUGGAUUAGAGGGUUUUGAAGAUUUCAGAUAAGUCCUGUUUACUAAUUCUUAAUAUCAUGAAACGUAGCUUCAAAUCAGAAGAAAAAGACAAGAUUACGUUAACUGAUUAAACAGUUCACCCAUAUAUCCUUUAUUCUACAGUUUACUCAUAUAUAUCUGCUUCUCAAACUGAACUUUAUUAUUAUUGCAGAUGACACAUACAGAUUCAGCCUGUUCAAAAAUGGUUAUUGGAUAUUUUGAAACAUUGAUCAAUAUAACAAAAUCAUUUCAAGAUGAGCUAUGCAAAUUAUCAUCAAUUGAUGUUCUCUAUACAACUAGUUUUUUUAAUUGUUUAAAUCAUACUCAAUCAAUGUAUGAUUAUCAUUCCCAAUUAGAUAUGAAUAGUACAUAUCAGUUUCCAUUAUAUAAUCGUUUAUCUUCAUUACGAUUUCGUAUCCAUCCAAGAACUAAUAAUCAUACAUCUAUAAUACAUGAUUCUGUCAAUAAUAUUGAUAUGAAUUAUUAUGAAUACAUGCAAAAUCCUUCAUUAAUCGAAUUACAAGUAAUCCGUUUAUUUUUCUCGAAUAUAACAUAUAAUUCUAACUUAAAAGAUAUUUUAAGAAAGUACUUAAAACUUUUAUCAGCAAAACGUAUGCAGAUGGCAACACGAACUAGUAAUACUCGGUACGGCCUUUCUUUAACACCUCAUUCACCACAAUCAUCUUCGUCCACAUCUUUAACAAACUCUCUAACACCAAUUUCUUCUUCAGUCGUUCUUUCUUCGUCAUCAACUUCCACAUCAUCAUCAUCACCGUUGGCAUUAUUGUCCUCUUCUUCCGGAUCAACCAUUACAUCACAUUCACUUCAACUUUCAGACAGAACUAUUACUCAGAAUUCAUUAAAUAAUGCAGAAACUAACCAGCCAUUGUGUACAUCACAAAUUCAAAUUCAUAUCGAUUCAAUAUACAAGGUAAAAUUAGAAAAGUUAGGAGAAGCUAUUGCUACAAGUUUACAAAGAUUGGAGUUAUUUCAAACAAGUAUGAAUAUGAUCAUCAAAUGGAAUAAACAAAUUCUAGAAACUUUUUCAAUAGAUUAUGAACAUUUACAAAAAGUGGAUGAAAAAAGCCUUGUUGCAUUCACUGUUCAAUUUGAAACUAUUGGAAAUGAUAUAAGUAUGACACAAUUAACACCUAUGGAUAAAAUAUUUAAUCCUUUCGGUAAGUUAAAUAUUCACCUUUUGUUUAUUAAAAUUUAUUUCAAUAGUUGAAACCAUGAUGGUUUAGCUUCAACUAUUGAAAUUUCUAAAAAUCUCCAGAAAACCCCUUUUUGAUAAAAUUUAUUUGAUUACCUUCAUUGACAAUACUGUGUGUUUAUUGUAUGCAAACACAGAAGUUUGCUAGCAGUGGGAUCCAGGACGCGCGCUUCUUCCUAUUUGGGACUUGUCAGCUAGUUGUACCUACACCUGAGUUGAUGUUCACUUCGGGACUCGAAUCACGUGCCGUUUACUUCAAAUGCCAUUGAGUUAUCCACUUGGCUACUGAUUUCUGAUAGCCACUUGUUUGUGCAAUGGAAUGAAGUUUAAAUUCACUUGGUAUUGUUUACUUGAAUCUUCCCAUUGAUGUUUACUUGACUGCAAUGGAUUAGUCUCUUAUUAGCACAUUUGCAUCCAGCGCGAAUGGCUUCGAUAUGGUCAUAGUUCACAAGCAUUAUAAACAAAGAUGGACGGUAGCUAACAGGCGGAUGUUUGUGAUUCAAGGUAAUAUCUAGGCUAUUCGCACAGGAUGCACAUAUGCCAAUGAGAGACCGAUCGAUUGCAGUCCUAAAUAUCAAUGAAAAGAUCCAUAUAAACAAUACAAAAAUGUGUAUUUAUUGAUUUGUCAGAGUGAAUAAUUAUAAAAAAGCUAAUUAAUGCGAAACAAUUUAUGUUUGUCCCUUUUUGCAUUUUAAAAUAUCUUAGCAAUAUACAUUCAGAUAUCUAUGAUAAUACUCACAGUUUGAAUAAUUUUUCUAUAUAAUUAUUUUAAUUGUAAUAAAAUGUUUCUAUUAUGAUUUGAACCCAAUCUCUUUUUCUUCAAACAGCUUCUGAGUCCAGAUAGCCACAACCGAAAUUGCUGUAUUAGCAACAAAAAGAGAGUACAACUGUACUGAUUUAGGUUAAUCCUAUUAUGUGCUGUUCGAUUCCCUAAUUAAUCAUUUAAGAAUCAAAUUUCAUUAUUAACUACUGAUAGUAUACCUCAAGACAACAGCACCAUUUUGGUUUAAAUAUUAAGUGUUCUAAUUCAGUAUAAAAAUUUCACUCUUGUCGUUAAGCAAGUAUUAUGUAUAAGUAUAAAAAUAACAUAUUAUAAACAUAAGGUUGAAAUUUGUUUUAUACUUUUGUCUUGAAAGUGAUAUUAUAUUGAUAAGUAAGUUUCCUCUUUCCCGUUGUUCGAAUUCAAUUCUGAUUUUAAUGUAUCUUUAUGAGCAGAUAGGGUCUCUGAGCAAAUGCCUCGAUUAAUAUUUCUGAUAUAAUAUCUAGUAGUGAUAAGCUUAUCAUCCUGUUUGAAUAUUUGUCAGCUGCACGCACUUGUGUGCAAAUGUUGUUUUUAAAACUAAAUCAAGAACCUAAUAUUGGUCAAUUCAAAUGUAUUAUUCACUAAACCAUUUAAUUGAAUUGGCUACUAACAUCUUCAGUGAGCAUGAUAUUUAUUAUUGUUACUUGUAUAGUGAGAGAUGAAGAGUUCAAUGUGAUAUUAAGGAACACCAUUAUGAAGAUAUUUUUCCUUCUCUAUCAAAUCAAUUAUAUAAAGAGUGAGGUGCAUAAGAAAUCACCUUAAAACCAUAAGAUCUUGCAGAACAUUCUUACCAAUAUGAAUUUAUUUAAACAAAUACUAGUUUAAAUAAUUAAGAUAUGAUAAUGAGUACAAUCAACAAUCUCUAAUGAUAACGAUAUUGAUUUGAUUAGAAAUAUUUGUAUGAUAAAACUUGUGGUUCUUGACAUACUUCGUAUAAUGAAUAGAUUACCAAAACUACUGGAAUUACCUUUCAAUUAUUUGGAUUACACAAAGUAUUUAAGUUAUCUAGUUGUUGAUUUACGUGACAGAAUUGUGAGUAGUCACAUUUACUGUUAUGUAUUCUAUGUGGAUUGUCUCGAUGUAGCUAUUCAGUCACGUUUUAUGGAAAGUAUGGGUAGUGUUUGACAGUAGAAGUAGAAAAUGAUGCCCUACAUGUUUCAUGGUAAAUAAAUAUAUCUAAACAAUGUUUAUAGAUGAAUAGGUCCCGAACAAGAAAUCAUAUUAAAAAUAAAUUUAAGCUUAUAGUCCAUCUGAAUUUAACACGGAUCAACCGAAUUUCAUAAUUUCGACUAUAGACUGAUCUUGGUAAUAAUUAAGUUAAGCAUUUACUCCAUCAAAUAUUGGCUUAGUGGUCUAAGGUUAAAGAGCUUGCAUAGGAGUUCAACUAUGUUGAGUGUGAUAUGGUCAUCUAUUAAUGACAUUCGAAGAUGACCAAGGAAUAUUGAAAUUGUCUGAUUUCAGAGAUCUAGACUAUAGGAUACCAACUCAAUGGUCUUAUGGUGAAGCGGUCGUGACGUGACUUGAUGGUGAGUAAACUGAUACGAACUACUGAGGAGUUCUACACUAGGAAUAAAAAGAUUUCCGGUGAUUCGUGAAUUUCAAUCAUUGUUUUACUAAUAUCAGUUCAUGGUGUAAACCAUGAAAUCCUACUUUACUGUAGUUUGUUUGCAUUCAAACCUCAUUAAUCUAACGUGUUUUUCUAUAUUCUACAAAUGUAUCGACUAAAUGAAAAUCCGUCUACAAAAAAGGCGAAAUUAUGGGAAUUUGUUUCGGGACACUAAGUCUACUGAUUCCACUCUAUUUGGUCGUGGAUUAUUUUUUCACUAUAAAAUGUAAAUCUUCAAUGGAUAGACAAGGUAAAUCAAAAUCUCUUAAUUUACAAAAUUUAUUUGAAUUAUUAAAAAUUUCUGUUUGAUACUAUAAGUUAAAGGUUGUAAAUUGAGUAAUGUCGAAACAGUUAACAGAAUCGAAAUCAGGCUAACGUGAAAUAUAAAUGGUGGAUAUUUUAUCUAAAGUUAGUUACUCUGAAGAUUUUAUGUUGUUACGAUCUGUAAAGUUUAAUCUUGGUUCAGCUUACGGAUAAAUGGAAGGUAACAAAUGUAUCCGACUAGAUAGAUUAAAUGAUAAUUAUCAUUAUGACGUUUUGGAGAUUGUUGAACCUAGAUUGAUAUCAUGAAAGGAUCAGUGUUAGACCACCACUGGAAACCUGGAAGCACUGAGCGACCGUUUCGUCGUAGUAUGGAACUCCUCAGCAGUGCUCACCCACGAUCCCGCAUGCGUGACCCUAACCCAGGACCUUGGAUCUCACGCGUGAAUCAUUGACUUUUAGACCACUGAAUAUUUAACAAAAACGUAAUUAUGGAGAUGUGAAAAGUAAGUUAACAGUCAGGUGGAGAAUGUCAGUUCAGUGAAUUGAGGUAGAAACAUUACAUCACACAAAUAGUGUUUUACAUAGCAUAAAGUCUAAUAGGGAUAGGUGUGAAUUAUUUACUAUUGCAAUGUUGCACAGGUUACAGUCACAGAGAGAUGUGAAAGAUUGCAGUAAUAACUGAUGUAUUACUUACUUACUCCUGUAAGCCAUCAGGAAGAAGAAUAGACUGAACACCAGCAUUCUCCACACAACUCUGCCUUCGACAAUCCUUUACAGUUCCUUCCAGUUCCUACUCAUCAUUCGCACGAAUGAUUCCAAUUCACGACGCAGUGUGCUCCCCAGUCUUCCUGUUCCCCGUUUCCACCCAAGACUUCAACUCCGCUCUUGCCUCAUGAUGCAGUUCGGUGAUUUCCGAAAUAUAUGUUCUAUCUACUUCCGACAUCUUUUCCGAAUUUCCUCAUCAGUUGGAAGCCGUUUUGUUCUCUUCCACAGUGGAAUGUUACUGAUGAUAUCCGGUCAACGAACGUUGAGUAUCCUGUAUAGACAAUUGUUUAUAAAUACUUGUACAUGUUUGAUGAUGGUUGUGGUAGUUCUCCAAGUUACAGCACUGUACAUUGGAACUGUUUUGACGUUUGUACUGAAGAUUCUGACUUUGAUGUUGGUUGACAGUUGUUUCGAGUUCUAUUUGUUAUUUAACUGUAGGAAUGCUGCCCUUGAUGUGCUCCGCAGUGCUUCAAUGUAUCUAAGAUCAGUUCUUGGUUUAAACUAUGAAAAUUCUAAAUAAUUAGAUGUUUACAUGAUUUUAAUUUUAUUAUAAGUAUGACGUAGUUUAAAAUCUAUAUAUUUGUCAAAUAAAAUUUUUUACACUUUGUCCAUCAUUGUCGAAUCAGUUAGUUCUUUUACAUUUACAUUUAUUGAGUUAAACUUAAUUCUUUCCUUGAUUUCCAGGUAAAUUCGGAAUUUUUUUAUAAAAAUCCAUUCAAACCACGUAUUUAAGGUUAUGCAUUCAAUAGAUGUACUUUAAAACUUAUAUAUAUUGCCGUUCAUACAUUGGUUUUUCUCUGUCGAUUCGAGUCCGGUGUUUUUUGUCCCUUGUGAUAAUCGUAUUCGACCAAGUUGAAAUGUCCUCACUGGUCUAUAUGACGCGUUGUUUAAUUAUAAAUGUUCAGAACCUAAUUAUAUUGGUGUUGACUACUGUCAUAUGAAUAAUAUUGAUUCUCAGUACAUAUAAGUUGAGUCCUUUCUUUGAUCUGAACUUUAACAGAUGAAAUAUUGUAGUGGAAAUGAUUGAAGGAAAAAAGAUAUAUCACUUUAAGAAUUAAAUACGUGACCUAAAUAUCACCUCUUCAUUUCACCUGAAUAACAAACACUUUGGGAUGAAGUAUAAUCUUCAGCUACUUAUUCGUUUUUUUCUUUAAAAUGAAAUAUUUACAAAGGGAGAAACAAUUAUGUCUCUUGACAUUAGAUAAAUAGCCCAAUUUUUCCACUAUUGAAGUGAAUAACAAAGCCUAUAUAUAAUUUUUACAGAGAACAUUACACUGUAUUUCAGAAUUCCACAUUUGUACCAUGUUUAAUUAAUAAACUGAACAAAACAUUGAUGAUGAUUGUUUCAGAAAUGAAGAAACCAAACAAAAUUCACAGAGAAAAAAUACUCAAGGACAACGAGUAUUAGAGCACGAAUGAUCCAUUUUUGAUAACUUCUGCUUCAUCAGGCACCAAAGUUAAACAUGCAAAGUCAAUAACAUUCUGUUGCAGUACACAAAAUAUUAAAACUCUAAUUAAUUUAUGUUCUAAAUUAAAAAUGGUAAAGUGCAUAUCAGUGCAAAUGUCAUACUUAAAGUCUAAGAAACAUUAUUUGCCUCAAUCGAAGUGAUAAGAUCUACUGAUAAUUUAAAAUCACAUGUAAGGAGAUAAUUUUAGUACGGAAUAUGAAUUGUCUUGUCGUUAUUGUGAUGAUAAUAACGAUAAUGGCAUUAAGAAUAAUUAUCGAUGAUGACAUCCUCUAAAAUAAGAAACAUUAAUGCAUGAUUCAACGAUGAGAAAAAUGACUUUAAGGGAAGUACUAUUCAUGAUAAUGUGGAAAGCGUUAGAAUUCUAAACAAAAAGAGACGAUCGUAAUACGUAUCCAAAUAAACAGAGAUAAUGAAUGUAUCUUUUACACAUACAGACGUUAUGUUUCUUAGAUUUGAUACCAUUCGCUUCAGAAACAUAGAGUACGAGUAGUCUUACACAUCUUGGUAAAUUACUAGAUACUUGAUAUAUAACUGAGAAAGUAUCCUUAGUUUUGACGUUACGUCCAUUAUAAGUGAUGUCAGUUCGUGAUGAAAACCCUAAAUCGAAUUUCUAACCUUAACUAUCACCUGUAAAUCCUAAUUCUAAUUCCUCACACAGGUAAAUAACCCUCAUUAUGUCCUCGUUAUUAGAUGGACACUCUGAAGGUCGGUCUAGCGUCGCUCAAAGGUCAUCCACAAAUUAUAGUCUCACUGAAUAAUAUCUUCACCUCCCUACUUACAUCUGAGUCAUUGAUUACCAUCAUUUGUUUCCAUAUUUAAAAACGUGCAAUUUAAAAGUUAGUCAAAAAAAUUUAUACUUAAUUACAAAGUUUUAUUGCUGUUUACUCAUGUUUAUAAUACUUUUUAAGUAAUAGAAAUCACAAGUGGUUUUUGUAGAGACUUUUAAAAAUUUCACUAGUUGAAAUCAUGAGUUAAUUGAAGCUAGGCCACCAUGGAAAACCUGGAAGCACUGGACGGCCGUUUCGUCCUAGUAUGAGACACCUCAGCAGUGCGCAUCCAUAAUCCACGAGUUCCAUACUAGGAUGAAACGACCGUCUGGUGCUUCCAGGUUUUCCAUCGUAAUCUAGCUUCAAUUGACUCAUGAUUUCAACUAGAGUAAUAAAAGUCAAUAAAUAACUUGUUAUAUUUAUGUUUCCUCUAUUGUGUUUGAUUUUUCACACAGGAGUUAUAUAAAUAUUCAUUCAGUCAAUAGAGAAAAAAACAAACUAACUUGAAUAUUGUCAAAUUGUCUUUCAUUAAUUCAAUUAUCAAUUAUGAAAAGAAAAUGGUGACAUAUAAAUGUAAUUAAAACUGAAUUGUAAAUAGUGAGUAUAUAGCGAGAGAACACAAGAACAUUUAUAUUAAUCAAUUCAAUAUCCUUUCCAACAUUUAAACUAGUUGCUGUACAUACCUACAUAAACUGUAUCGUUUUUUUUUAUUCUUUUUUUGAAAUUUCUUAUUAAUUAGCCCUGAAAUUCUUUUAUGUGUAUAGUUCUUUGAUGUUGUCAUUAUGAUUAUGAUAGAUGUUGUUCUUUGUGUAUGCAAACAAUCAACUCAUCAUAGUUACCAUGAUGUACAGAAGUUUAUUAUUAUGAUCUGAAAAUUUGACUUUUCUUUUGCCCUUGUAAAAUGAACAAUUCUAUAUUCUAUAUUGUAAAUGUUAAUUUUUUAAAGAAAAAUUAUAUUGAAUUUAAUAAGUAAAUUGUUCAAAGUGAAAAUAAGUAGACUUUUGUGACAAAAAAUUAUUUUGAUACACUAUGGAUAAGAUAUAGUAAUUGAGAAGGUGGAUUAAUUUGUAAUUUUUGUGACCGGCAAUUUAAUCUCAUUGGUAUAGUUGCUGCGGUACAGACCUAUACCCCAGAAAUAAGCAAGUAGUUUUCUUGGAGAGCCAUGUCCCAAGCCCUUGACUAAGAGGUUUAAUUCACAAUGGCAGUGGAACAUCUUCAAGAAUUGCAUUCAGAUAGUAGCCAUUGGACAAUGAUAGAUUUAUACAUUAUUUUGAUGCUUCAGGAUUCAAGUGUUUAUGUGGAAUAAUCGAUUGAAAAAAAGGACUCCCAACUCAUUCUGAUGGAUCAUAUUCGUCUGUUAACUUAGUUUAAGCGUUCGACAUCUUGUUUUCGUCAUUGAUUUGCUGUAAGCGUUACCCCAGAAAAGACACUGAGUUUGAUAAUCCGGACAGUAGUUAUAAGUGCAUGUCCUUAUAUAGGUAUUUCACAAGGGAGAACGUAUUAUUCUCACCUUGUGCCCUACCUGAUCAAGUACCUAUCUUUGUAUCACUAUAAUUUGUAACUGUUGUAGACUCGAGAUUUAUUAGCAUCUGCACAAAAUUUAAAAGGAAAUGAUUAUUGAAAAAAAAAGCUAUCAAAUGAACAUAUUUUCAUUAAGGUUGGGACAUAUUUCUUUAGGUCAGUAAAAUUAUUCAUCAAUAACAUCAUUAUUUCGGAUUAUGGUAUAUCAGACUCAGUCAGUAAUGUUUGUGACAACGCUUGUAGAUCUUCUAUGGCUACGUCUGAUCCCAGGAUUUGGUAUCCUCACCAAAAAACUCACAAGCCAGAAUAAAGAAUUUAAACUCAGAACUCCGGGAGAGUAGUCAAAUAGCUACGGAAAUUAGGAGAUACAAUGUUACAGUACUCGGAAUCAGUGAAAACCACAGAAUAAAAGCAUGACAGGAAAGGGAUGAUUCGAGAUAGACCCUGAUGCAUUCAAGUCACAAAGAGGAAAAAGUUCUCCAAACUAAGGGAGUUGAUCAGAUGUUGCGCUAAGAACCACGAAAUAUAACAUCAGAAUCACACAUAUACAGCAGACCAUAAUUCAAAAUAAACAACGAGACAUAUAAAACGAAUAACAAAAAUAUAUUCAGCGACAAAUCAAAUUAAAGACGACACAAAAAAAUUCAGGUUAAGUGCAAAACAGAAAAUAGCGCGUAGCAGUGCAAAGGACCGAAAAACAAUUUAAAUAAGAACAGAUCAGAUAGCAAUGUAAAAGCUUCAUUAUUGACCACAAAUCAAACUAACAGCGUAUUCUUACCUUGGUCAUUAACACACACGACAUUCAAUAUAUCUGUCACAUACUCCAUAUUCAACACUGAUUCCUAUCUAUCUUCACAAGACUUUAAUCAACAACAAAAAAUCUCUCACAAAGAUAGAUGAGCAGUGACAAGUAAUUUACAUCGUUUCAACUCUUGUAUCAACACAAUUGAUCAAUUUC